UUGAGAUUUUGUUUUGUUGUUUUAGUCUGUUUUAAGGUCUUUUUGAUGACUAAACAAUUGUUAGUUGGAGGAUUACUAGGAAAAAAAAAUGCAAUUUUGAUGUUGCUAUAGUAUGUUCUAAGGUCUUUUUUCAUGACUUAGUGUUUUUUUUUUUUUUUAAAUUAUUAUUAUAUUGUUCAUAAUUUAAUUUUUGAAGGGUUGUUGAGUUUGAUUUUGUUGUUUUAGUCUGUUUUAAGGUCUUUUUGAUGACUGAAAAAUUGUUAGUUGGAGGAUUUUACUUGGAAAAAUUGGAAUUUUAAUAUUAUUUUAGUCUGUUUUAGGUCCUUUUGAUGACUGAAUAUUAUUAGUUGGAAUUUCCAUAUUGUUUGAGUCUGUUUUAAGGUCUUUUUUUUAUGACUGAACAAUUAUUAGUAGAAUUUCCAUAUUGUUUUAGUCUGUUUUAAGGUCUUUUUGAUGACUGAAUAAUUGUUAGUUGGAGGAUUUUACUUGAAAAAUUGGAAUUUCUAUAUUGUUUGUUUGUUUUAAGGGUAUAGCUUCAAUUUUGAUUAUUGUUAUAUUAUUCAUGGUUCAAUUUUUUUCUUCUGAAGGGUUGUUGAAAUUUGAAUUUUUCUUGUUUUAUCUGUUUUAGGUCUUUUUGGUGACUGAAAAUUUUUUAGUUGGAGUAUUUUACUAACCAAAAUUGGAAUUUCCAUAUUGUCUUAGUCUGUUUAAAGGUGUUUUUGAUGACUGAACAAUUGUUAGUUGGAGGAUUACUUGGAAAAAUUGCAAUUUUGAUGCUGCUAUAGUCUGUUCUAAGGUCUCUUUUCAUGACUGAACAUGGUUUAAUGGAUCCCAUGCUGAAUUUUGUCAAUAUCAGUGAACUUGUUAUUUUUAGUAUACAAGGAUUCCUCUAAAAGAUUUUAUCUUUAAGGUAUAUCUCUCUGUGUGUGUGUGUGCGUGUGCACGCAUUAAUUUGUGAGUGUAAUGGAUGGAAUUGAGGGAAAUCUAACUGUUAUUUUCAUACUAGUUUGAGAAAUGUCAAUAUUUGUUAGGUAAGGAAUGCUUGUUUUUGGAUAUUCCAUGUAUUUUGGGGAACUAUUGAUCCUGUGAGGACUUUAAAUAAUCAGUUUCCGCUUUAAGUUGUUGCAACGGUCCAAAUGAUUUCACGGCUGCUGAUUGAACAGAAUUUAGAAACACGGGUUUCGCAACUAUCAGGAAAACGUGGAAUGUAUAAAGAUUUAAAAUUGCAAAAAAGGUUGAUGACUAUUGGUCUAUUAGUAGGCCAUUUCUGGCUCUCCAUUGUUAAAAACAGAAAUUGACACUUGUUAGUUAAAUGGGAUCAAUUACUUCAAUUUGUAUGUUCAAUUUUGAUGCUUAGCUGAUUUGAAUGGAUGAGUACCGUUGGAUCAUUAUAGUGGAUGACAUGGAAUUUGUCGUUUCAAUCUGAUGUGCACGUGCUAGUUGUGCCAUUUCAUUACAUUGGUCUGUUUUGUGAUAUUAAAACAGAACUUUUGUUAUAUGUGGAUGAGAUAUUAAGGGUUAAUUUGUUACUCUUUCAUAUAAAAUCAAAGUUUUGGUCAGAUCAUCAAAUUUGCUUACCUUCAAAUGAGAGAGUGCAUAAUAGAGAGGAAACAACUUUAACCAGGGCAGAAGGAGGAUGAACAGUAGAUCUUUUAGAGCUCAAAGAGAAGAUAGCAUUAGGCGAACAGUCUAUGUCUCGGACCUUGAUAUCAAUAUCACAGAAGAGCACCUUGCUGCGCUAUUUAGUGCCUAUGGACAAGUCGUUGACUGCCGAGUUUGUGGUGAUGCACACUCCCGCCUUCGCUUUGCUUUUGUGGAGUUUGCUGAUGAAUAUUCUGCAAAAGCUGCACUUAGUCUUUGUGGGACAAUAUUAGGUUUCUCUCAACUCAAGGUUCUACCUUCAAAAACUGCUAUACUACCUGUGAAUCCUACAUUCCUUCCAAGGUCAGAGGAUGAGCGUGAGAUGUGCGCGAGGACAGUUUAUUGUACAAAUAUCGAUAAGAUGGUUUCUCAAGCUGAUGUCAAGUUCUUUUUUGAGACAAGAUGUGGUGAGGUUUCUCGUUUGAGGCUUUUGGGGGAUCAAGUGCACUCUACCCGUAUUGGUUUUGUUGAAUUUGUUAUGGCCGAGAGUGCAAUUUUGGCGUUGGAUCUUUGUGGUGAGAUGUUGGGUUCCCAACCUAUCAGGGUGAGUCCUUCGAAGACACCCGUGAGGCCUCGAGUUUCCAGCCCUUAGAUGCAUUAGGCGAUGCGUGGAGUUCAAGGUCUUGAAAGAGAACGGCGCAAGCUCUCUUAGAAGACUUGAGGUCAAAAUGGGAAGGCGAAAUGAAUAUGUUUCUGUAGUGUCCAUGUUCCAUUACCUUGCCAAUUCUAGUACUUAAUUAGUGCUGCCGGACAUGUCUAUUGACCUUUGCUUUUGCUAGUGUAUUAAUGGUAAAUGUCCUACCUUCACUACAGUUAGCUUUGAUUAAUCUUAUGCACUUUUGAAACUUUUUUUGAUAA